AUGUCCCUUACCUAUAUAAAUAUAUUUAUAGCAUUUACUAUUUCUUUAUUAGGCCUACUAAUAUAUCGAUCCCAUAUAAUAUCAUCCCUCCUCUGUUUAGAAGGUAUAAUACUAUCUCUAUUUGUAAUAAUAACUAUUACUAUUUUAAAUACACAUUUAACCCUAGCAAGUAUAUUACCCAUCAUUCUCUUAGUAUUUGCAGCAUGUGAAGCCGCUUUAGGUCUAUCUCUUCUAGUAAUAGUAUCAACUACCUACGGAAUAGAUUACGUACAAAACCUUAACCUUCUACAAUGCUAA